AUGGGUAAAGGACACUCACACGAAGUGGUACACGAAUAUGUACAAGAUCCUGCCAUUCUACAACAAUUAGAAGCAUUUCAACGACAAAAUGCAUAUCUACUACAAGAAUUUGGAAAGCUCCAACAGAAAUUGGCUGCUUGGGAAAUUCGCUCGUUCGAUGAUUUGCAACGACAUGAUCAAAGGGGAGCCGAAGAACUACGCAAUGUUUCAGAUCAUGGUUUUUAUCAUAUGUUUACUCCAUCGGCAACGAAAAGGGACGAAAUUCAAAGGCAAGCCAAAAAUGGAGUACAAAAAUAUCAAGAACAUAUCGAGCGAACAAGUCCUCGUAAUUUAAAAAUAGCCGGUUCAGUGGGUGGAGAAUCGACUGAAGAGGAUGUUCGAAAACGACAAGAUGAACAAUAUAGACGUGAAAAAUUUGACCGGCAAGAAAGAAAUCAUCGUUAUAAAUUGCAGAAGAAACAAGACGAAGAGCGAGAAAUCGAGGCAAAAAAACAAGCAGCACGACGGCAGGCAUUAUUGCUCGAAGAGCAAAAUCAAAUUAUGAAACUACAAAAGAAUAAAUUUUUAUCAUCAUCACAGAGAGUAACUAUCAAUUGGACAGAUAACACAUGGAGACAAAAUCAAUCAGUUGAAACGAUCGAGCAGCAAGUUAUGACAGAUUUUGUCUCGUCCGAUCUAGAUGUCGAUUAUUUUGCCAUUAUCUAUGGACAUCUGUUUGCUAUCGAUUCAUGGACAGAUGAACAGAAAUCAAAUAUUCAUUGA